GAUCUAUUUCGGAGAUGAUCAAACACGAGGGUAUUUCAAUGUCUCCUGCUUCGACAACACACGAGAAAAUCGCUCCAUGAUGUUGUCAUUCGAGGACGCUGUCCGUGACAUCAGGCAAUGGUGGAUAGACAACAAUAGAAUCGAGGCCCCGAAAGCCAAGGUCAGCGAGAAGGAUGCGGUGGCCGUUGCACAUCAGAAGACGUGGCAGAACUUCUUGAGGGCCUGCAUGGGGAAGGCAUGCAACAAGUCGUUUGUAAAGCAAGCUCUCGAGAAUGAGUACAGUAAGGAUUGGAGUAAUAAACUCCACAGCUACAUGAAGCUCGCCACAUCCAGUGACGCAGUGUGGCCGCUGGUCAAGAGCUUCUUCGAGAUAUUCAACGAAGGAAAGCUGCCAGUUGGCGAUGGCAAAAUCCCGCUUGACAUGCCCGGGAGGAUGGGAGGCCGCCUGCCAGGCCCGUACACCGACGAGACCAAGGGACAAAGAACAUUGUACCAUUGCAUAUAUGCAACAGAUGGUUCCAAAGGCUCCACCAUGUCGUGGAAGGAUCUCUGUCCUUCCUACUUCAAACAUUUUGGGGAUUUGACAUGUCGUGAGAGGGAGGUUGCGUUGCUCCUGCUCAUGAAGGGGAAGGUGGUCGCAACGAACGUCAAGGUCUUGCCUCCAAGAGUGAACCCAGAGUGCCUCCUCGACAUCAUGCGAAAGGAGCGGUACAUGGACCUUGAAGACAGGUAUGGGCCAAACGGUCUGUGCGCUGCUGAAUGGGAGAAGGAACGGGACAAGUUACAUGUCAAUAAGGUGAAGAUGGUCCCUCGACGACUUGGAGGAGUGGAGGAGGCAAGGCAAGGUGCGGGCUUGGGGCCUACGACGGCAAUGUAUAAGGAGGCUCCGUUUCACCUUAAGGUCUUCAUAUACAUUGCAAUCGAUAAGCUUGAUUUGCUUCGUGCCGAGGUGAAACGGAGCGCGCGUCAUAUUGUGUGGGACAAGCUUGGCAAACAAACGACGUUGCUACCUGUGUGCAUGCCAUCGAAGGAAGUGUUGGCAGCGCCAGAUGACAUCGUCGCUGCAGCGCAAAAAAUGACAUGCAGGGCCGCUAUCGUGGACAUCCCAUCCUCGAACUUCAGCACGACGUGGACCUCUCACGAAUUUGAUGCCUUGCACAUAUUGAUGACCAAGUGUUGUGGCCGGAAUUGGGUGCUUUUCUUCUUUGCGCCGCAGAAGGUGCAAAGCGAUGUUCUGCAUCACUUGUUCCGCUGGGAGGACGUCGAAGUCAUCCUCGGGACCUGGAAACGGGUGGACAGGCCACCGAACGACAUCACACGAUAUGGCAAUAUGGCUACAACGAGUCGAGAUAUGAUGGCCAUUGCCCUGCACGCCGAGGGAGGGGAUCUGAAAAAAGUAACUGUCAAACCCCGACUCGACAACGACCUCACAACCGUGCACGUUGUGGAGGAGAAGUUCAGGAAGUGUCAAGGAAAACAAGGUGGGAUGGAGGGCGAUGAUAGUGCGGUGUAUUCCAUCUGGGAGCGAGAACCUGGAAAGUUACGUUCGUUGUGCGGGUCAUUUGUCGGAGACGCGGAAGGUGUGUUUUUGUUGGGUAGAGCGCACGCAGGUCUUGUGUGGGAGUUAUUACUGGCAGGUAAUAAUGUCAUUGCCUGCGACGAGUUGGCCAAAGACAUUGCAUACCUGACAAAGUUCGUCGAUAUACUUGUGAAAGAUGAGAGAUUCGACUGUCAUGUCGAGAAGCCACGUUGCAAACAUCGUAGCAACAGGGACAUGUUCCACAAGUUGGGACGCAAGAGACCGAAGGUGUGGGAAUACCUGUUCCGCGAUGCGUCGCAAGGACGACUUGACGGGAAUUACAUCUACAGGAGAGCAAAGGAUACAAAGACCCCGAAACAUUAUUACGGUGCUCUUACUGGCGCCUUUUAGACUUUGGUUGUUCGAUGCGAGAUCCUGAAGUUUGAUCUUCAUAAAGACCAGCUGACGUCCAAGGACUACGCUGACCUCGCGAAAUCGGGUGAC